UUUAACGAAGAGGAUGAAACUUUUUGUACAGACAUAAAAUAUUUUUCAAACAUGAAUUCGACGAUAAAUGAAACAAUUGCCUCUUGCCCACCAAUUUUCGACUCAAUAUUGUGCUGGCCCAGAACAGAAGUUUCUCAAAUCGCAAAAUUGCCAUGCCCUUCGAUAUUCUUAAAGGACCAUAGUUCAAAGCCUGCAAUUGCAUUUAGAGAAUGUUUGGCAAAUGGUGAAUGGUAUCAGGACAAAAAUGGUGCAUCGUGGAGUAAUUAUUCCCUCUGCAUUCUGUCCGAGAGGUACAUAACAACAUUAAACGAUUUAAAUUUAACGGAAUAUGAUGAAAAAAUUCUCAACUCCAAUUUGACACUUGAAUGGUUACCGAGAAUAAAAGCAGUUUCACAAAUUGGAUAUGCAACAUCCUGCGUUACUUUAAUCAUUGCUUUUAUUGUUUUUUAUUUACACAGAAAAUUGCAGAAUUCACGAAACAGAUUGCAUAUGCACUUGUUUGCAUCAUUUAUUCUGAGAGCGUUCAUAUCCCUUCUCAAGGAUUGGCUUUUUGUUGAGGGAACAGGACUCACUGAAGACUUUGUCUUCAGGGAUGGAGAGAAGUUCUUUAUCAGCCAACACAAUGUUUGGUUUUGCAAGACAAUCACAAGUAUAUGGCAAUAUUGCAUUUUGGCAAAUUACACAUGGGUAUUGAUGGAAGGCUUAUAUAUUCAUAGACUGGUAUUUUCGUUAUUUUCUGCAGAUAAAAAUACUAUCACCCUUUAUGUUGUAAUAGGCUGGGGCCUACCAGUAAUUGUAACCAUUCCAUGGAUAAUUGCUAGAAUAAUAUUUGAAGAUGUUUUAUGCUGGACAACUAAUCAUAAUUCUCAUACCUUCCUCAUAAUACGUAUUCCCACAGAAAUCUUAAUUUUGUUUAAUUUUUUUCUCUUUCUAAAUAUCGUACGAGUACUUUUUGUGAAAUUCAAAACAUCCGUUCUUCUACAGAGAAAAAAAAUGCAAUACAGAAAAUGGGCUCGUUCAACUUUAAUAUUAAUUCCAUUGUUGGGAACACAUCACAGUUUAUUUAUUGGAUUGUCUUUCUAUAAGGAGCCCCGAGUGGAAUUAAUCUGGCUCUUUUUUGAUCUACUUUUCGUAUCUUUUCAAGGCUGCUUUAUUGCAAUUCUCUACUGCUUUCUAAACAAUGAAGUAAAAACAGAAGUUAUUCGUUCGUGGAAAGCUCGAAAGUUGAAAAAAUUCGUCAAAACAAUGUCAAAAUAAUCAAGUGUCAACAAUUAUACGAAAAUUAAAUAAUUUAAGAAAUAAAAUAAAAAAAACCUUUUUUUAAGGUAAAGAAGAAUGUAU